GUUGGAAGUCGGUGUUAAGCUGGUUGGCUGGCACGGUCUGGUUGGUCGGUUGAUGGUAGCCAUGGCUCGAGUCGCUGCACUACUGCUCUUACCGGUUCUUAUUGAAUCGGUAUUAUCAAUUUCCUUCUUUUUACCGGUCAACACCAGAAAGUGUUUACGGGAGGAGAUCCACAAAGACGUGCUAGUCACGGGGGAGUAUGACAUAAGCGAGCAGGCGAACACGAAAACUAAUCUGAAGAUCACAGACUCCUCUGGCCACACACUUUACUCCAAGGAAGAUGCUUCAAAAGGAAAGUUUGCAUUCACCACAGAGGACUAUGACAUGUUUGAGGUUUGCUUCGAGAGCAAAUCGCCCAUGGGAACUGGAAGAGUGCCUGACCAGCUGGUCAAUCUGGACAUGAAGCACGGUGUUGAGGCCAAAAACUACGAAGAGAUUGCCAAGGUGGAGAAAUUGAAGCCUCUUGAGGUUGAGCUCAGGCGCCUGGAAGACCUCUCGGAGUCCAUCGUGAAUGACUUUGCUUACAUGAAAAAAAGAGAAGAGGAGAUGCGGGACACCAAUGAAUCCACCAACACACGCGUGCUGUACUUCAGCAUAUUCUCCAUGUGCUGUCUGAUUGGGCUGGCCACAUGGCAGGUCUUCUACUUGAGGCGUUUCUUCAAGGCUAAGAAGCUGAUCGAGUAGAGCAACCCGGUCCCAGCUCCUUACCUCGCGGGACGCUGCCUGACGGUCAGCCAACACAUCCAAACAUCCACCCUCCUUGGACUAGCUUCAGCAAACAACAGCAAGUGGGGGCUCAAAAUCUAGUUUUCAAGGCUGAGAGAGAGAGUACCAAGGUUUUCUUCUGGGAAAAAUAAAACUAAAAAAAAAAAAAAUAUAUCACCUGCUUAUUUAGUGGUUGGAAACAUGAAAAGCGCUGUAGGGAGAAAUGCACUGUAAGACAUGGGAGAUGUCCGUCUCUGUGGUUGACAUUUCUGUCUGCACUGUUUCGAAUGUUGCAGCUCACUGAAUAAGAACUUGUUCCUUCGAGCGUUCGUUGAACAGCAAUGUUUGAUUUUGAGCUCAGUUUGAAUGGAUGUGCCAUGAGCGAAUGUCUUUUGCCCUCCUGUUUAUACACUCACUCUUUGCCAUGCCAAGUAAACUAGAUCCUUGGUGCCCUUUUAUUGAGUGAAGGCUCUUUGAAAACACAGUUUGUUGUUACUUUGAUGAGACAAUUGGCAACCACUGAACUUCUGUGUUUUGUCACUUAAUUUGCAUACAUGUCUGGUAGCUAAAUUUAACUGUUUAGUUUUUUUUUUCAUAUUGUAAUUACCACUUAGUUCUUUCAACUGGUAAUUUUCUUUUUCUUUUUGGGGGUUGUGAGUUGUCAGUAAUAUUCUUAGUUGUAAAUUAGGUCAUUUCUAUGGGCUCUUGCAUAGAGUUUUGUUUUGGAACAUUAACAUCACCUAUCAAAUGAAGCAAGGAACCAAAAACCUUGUUCCUAGGAAGGAAUUUGUAACAUCCUAUGUAUAUGGUUAUGAGUAAAAACACCCUCCUGAUUUCUAUUAUACAGUUUAUAUAUAUCUAUAUAUAUAUUUGCGAAAGCUUCUCCUGUCAGAGUGCAAUGGACAGAAGUGUUGAAAUGUAAAGCUGUCCAAGCAUUUUCAGUCACAGGCCCUUCUUCUUGACACUGGUAGAGCUAAUUAUUCUUCUGAAAUUUCACAAAUAUCAGUUCCCAACUACAGUAUGUGCAGAUCCAUCCAACAUGCUUCUUUCCAGCAGAAUUGCUUUGGCUCGGGGUGGUUGCAGAUUGUUUUUGAUGGGGAUAAAUUAAAGCAUCUGUCAUGGGGUACAUUUUUAACAGUGAACAUUGUGCGCAGUCACUGAUUUUUAUGUUGACUGAUUAAAUUUUGUAAAUUUGUGUUGGGCUUUUAUUCAAUAAACUAUUGGAUGGAUUUACAUUAUUUUUGUUUUGUCCUUUGAAUUGCCUAUUUAGGCAUUUUUGAAAGGUAGGAGACGCAUGUGGAGUGCAUGUGCUCUCAUUGGCUGAUUUGUUAUGUACCCCUGCUCAACUGCCAAGUAGUGCAUGCAUCUAAUCAAUCACAUGGCAGCAGCUCAGUGCAUUUAGACAUGUAGACAUGGUCAAGACAACCUGCUCAAGGUCAAGCUGAGCAUCAGAAUGUCGAAGAAAGGGGAUUUGCGUGGCUUUGAAUGUGGCCUGUUUGCUGGUGCCAGAUGGGCUCAUCUGAGUAUAUCAGAAACUGCUUGUCCACUUGAAUUUUCUCCACACAACCAUCUCCGGGGUUUCCGGAGUAUGGGUUAAAAAAAAAGGAAAAUAUCCAGUGAGCAGCAGUUCUCGCAAGUUGGGUGAAACUCCCUCAUUGAUGCAAGAGGUCAGAGAAUGUCCAGAUUGUUUUAAUCAUUUUUAGUCAUGUUUUUAUUGUGUUUUUACUGUUUUAAAUAAAUCUGAAACCUCCAUUUAUUUUGCCUUUCCACAUUUCCAACAUGUUACAUAUAUGCAUGUUCUGUAUUGUUUAGCUGUAAAGAAGGCUAAAGAACAAUUUCUGCUCUUAUUUCACAUGUACUAAUGCUUUAUAGCGGUUUUAAAAACAAAGCCUGUUUGACUACAAUGGCAACUGUCACUUCAGUUAGACUGUCAUUCUUCUGUUACUGCUGGUUGAUUGAAAGCAAAUAAUAGCUCAAAAAAACACUUGUCACACCCAAGAUAUUCAGAACAGCGUCUAUGAAUGGACAACAUACAGAAGCUUGGGAAGAUGGGCUGCAGCAGGAGAAGACCACACCAGGUGUAUUUCCUGUCUGCUAACAACAGGAAACUGAGGCUAAAGUUCACGCAGGCUCACCAGAAUUGGACAAAAGAAGAUUUGGAAUAAGGAACAUGAAAACUUGGAUUCCGUAUGCCUCGUAUCACUGGUUCAGGAUGGUAGUGAUGAUGUAAUGAAGUUGGGGAUGCUUCUUUGGCAGCACCUUGUUGAAUCUUUGCCACAAAGAAUUAAAGCAGUUCUGAAGGCAAAAGA